AUGGAUAAUAUGGUAAAUAAAUAAGGAACUUCUAUUUAAAGCACAAAAGGCAAUUGGUCUUCUUCGUGUGACUUCACCACUUUCUCAUCUCCCACAAAAAAUGGCUCUCUCACUUCUUUCAGUCUUUAUCUUUUUCCAUGUCUUUACCAAUGUUGUUUUUGCUGCUUCAAAUGAGGAAUCCAAGGCAUUAGUUUCUUUACCAACACCAACUCUUCCAUCGCCAUCUCCGGCUAUCAAACCACCGUCGUCAGCUCUCAAACCGCCGACGCCGUCGUACAAGCCACCCACACUGCCAACUACUCCUAUUAAACCACCCACCACAACUACUCCGGUCAAACCUCCCACCACUCCGGUUACACCAACAAAACCUCCCGUUUCAACUCCUCCGAUCAAACUACCGCCGGUACAACCACCUACGUACAAACCCCCAACGCCAACAGUUAAACCACCGUCCGUCCAACCACCUACGUACAAACCGCCAACGCCACAGGUUAAACCACCCACUACAUCACCGGUUAAACCACCAACGACGCCACCAGUUAGACCACCGCCGGUCCAACCACCAACGUACAAACCCCCAACGCAACCGGUUAAACCACCCACCACAACACCACCGGUUAAACCACCUACGUACAAACCCCCAACGUCACCGGUUAUACCACCCACGACACCACCAGUUAAACCACCAACUGCACCACAGGUUAAACCACCAACAGUACCUGUCAAACCUCCGACGACACCACCUUCCGUAAGAACUCGGAUAGAUUGCGUGCCUUUAUGUGGGACGAGGUGUGGGCAACACUCGAGGAAGAACGUAUGUAUGAGAGCGUGCGUCACGUGCUGCUACCGCUGCAAGUGUGUUCCUCCUGGCACGUACGGUAAUAAGGAGAAGUGUGGAUCUUGUUACGCCAACAUGAAGACACGUGGCGGAAAAUCCAAAUGUCCUUGAACCUUUUUAUGACGAUGGUCGUCAAAAAAAAAAAAAAAAAAAUCAAUGGAGUUUUUAUAAGUUUGUAAUGCGUUUAUUUGUGUUUUAGUACCCCUUUGAGUUGGAUCUUUGUUUACGGGAUGUAGAAUAAUUAUAAAAGAAAAAUCUUUUUCGAUGAAUUAAGGAUUUUAUGAAAAAUUAUAGUAUAAUUAAGGAUUUUAUUAA